AACAACAGUUUUUCGUUCCAUUACUGUUUUACGUGUCAAUAUGUAUUCGUUAUUAUUUGUGCUGUUAGCUGUAAAUGUUGUUAAUCAAUUUGCUAGUUGUGGUGUAUUGUAUGAAAAGCCUUACAGAUUGGAUAUAGUACACUAUAAUGAUUUUCACGAUAGGUUUGAAGAAACAACAGUUUCGUAUCCAGUAUGUGAAUCAAAUGACGAGAACUGUAUAGGAGGAUUUGCUCGAUUAUACUAUGAAAUCAAUACGUUAUUAAAAGAAAAAGAAAAUCCAAUUUUAUUAGACGCCGGUGACACUUUUCAAGGCACCUAUUGGUAUACACUUAUGAAAUGGAAUAUUACACAGAAAUUUAUUAAUCUAUUACCUAACGAUGUCCAUACUAUAGGAAAUCAUGAGUUCGACGAUGGAAUAGCGGGCCUAGCCCCUUACCUAGCUGCACUCAAGGCGCCGGUUGUAGUCGCCAAUAUUGAUACAACUGCAGUACCCGAACUAGACGGCUUAUACAAACCACAUAUAGUACUCGAAAAGAAAGGAAAAAAAAUCGGUAUAAUUGGACUUAUUACUCCUGAAACUAAGACUUCAUCAAAUCCUGGGAAAGUAAAAUUCUUGGACCCUAUUGCAACAGUAAAAAAAGAAGCUCAAUUAUUGACUGACCAAGGAAUCGGAAUAAUAAUUGUCUUGUCUCAUUGUGGUUUAGAAGUUGAUAAAAAAAUGGCUGAAGUUGCUGGUGAAAACAUUGAUCUGAUAGUCGGUGGACAUUCGCACAGUUUGCUAUGGAAUGGAGAAGCUCCGAACAAGGAGCAAGUUUCUGGCCCCUAUCCAGUAAUAGUUAAGUCAUCUGAGAAUCCUGAACAUGAGGUCCUUAUAGUAACGGCUUCUGCAUUUUCAAAAUAUCUGGGCAAUAUGACUAUGUUCUUUGACCGUAGUGGUGAGCUCGUUUCUUACUCUGCUUCUCCAGUAUUUUUGAAUAGAUCCAUACCAGAAGAUCCAGAAAUGAAAGCCCUUUUAAAGCCAUACACGGAAAAGCUCCAUUCAUUAGUAAAGGAAGUAUUGGGUUACGCAAACGAAGAUCUUUUAGCACCAAAGUGCGGUUCCGGAGAGUGCGCUAUUGGAAAUUUCAUAGCAGACGCUUUCCUAGAUGCAACAAAAGAAUUGAAGGUAUCAAAUUUAACACACGUUGCAUUUAUAUUCAGAAAUAUGAUACGUGGCUCAUUGGCAAAAGGAGAAAUAACAAGAGGUUCAAUUAUUAAUACUAUGCCUUUCACAAAUCAAGUGGUGACAAUGUCUUUGCCUGGUAGAUAUUUGAUAGAUGUAUUUAAGACAUGUAUGACCAAUUACUGGGUCGCGAAACCAUUCAAUGGACCUUGGAUGCCACAUGUUGCAGGUCUUCGACUGAAAAUUAAUUUGACAAAAGGUAUUGAUGUACAGGUACAAGUUAAAGAAGGGGAAGUAUAUCAAGAUUUAGAACUUGAUAGGGAGUAUCAAGUGUCGACUAUAGGAUUUCUAGUUAGGCCUGGAAAUCAAUUUGAGGAGCUGAGUCGUUACGGCCGCAAUGUACAAGUAGUUGGGAAGGAUACAGAAUUACUGGAACAUUAUGUAAAGAAAACAUCACCUGUAGAGCCUAUAUUAGAAAAAAGACUUACAGUAAUAAAUUAA